AUGGGUCGAGAUCCAUUUCUUCCUCCCAAAUUUCAGGCAACGCUCGCGCUCCUGAACAUUCAUUGCUGCAACUUACUAGUGAAUUGUGAAUACUUCAAUAGAAUCGCAAUGCGCCUCUUCGUAGGCCACUUCGUGCUUUCGUUUCUACUCUUCUCCCUUAACAUUGGUUGCGCCUCGGCCGGGAUCAACACAUCAUGCUUGAAAGUCGUCACGGCGCUGGCCGCCCGCCCCGGGGAUCUCUUUGCUAAAUUCCAAGAGCACAUCUGCGACCAAGGGUGUCGACCGACAGUUCCACAUUGGGACCUCUGGACGAGAAACAACUCCUUCCUCCCCGCCGUGCGCAGCGUCACGAAACGCUUAGAGGCGCCGCGACAUGAAGAGGCGAUGAUUAAACUGGGAGACGACGCGGCGGACAUUAUCAAGCGUCGUUGUGGUCCGCUACUGCAUGGCGGCGAUCUUUGUUCGGACUCGGAGACGUUGGCGGGCUUCGGAAAUUGUUUCAAGACGAAUUUCGUCCGGGCGGCGGUAAUGAAUUUGCCGACAUUGUUGCCUAUGGUUAGUGAGGAGGUCUGUCGGGAGCAGUAUGAAUAUCUUAAGACCGACAGGUUGUGGGAAGAGAUUAUCCCCAACAAUAUGAAGGAAUAUGCCAGCGUGUGCCAGACUCUGGGAGAUGGAGCGCCGGAGCUUGACCAUGGGAGAGUGCAUGAGGAAUUAUAG